ACUCGAAUUGGAAAGUAGUUACAGAAAACUUAUACGUCUGGUUAAACUUUAAGGAAAUACAAAAAGGAAUGCAGUUAUGUGUGGACUCGUAAAGCAAACUUGUUAUUAUAGAACUUCGCACAUCCUUAGAUGAUUUCAAUAUUCUGAUGCCAAAUACACACCGUAUCUACAAUGACACAAAUUCUAAGUCGGACAGAGUAUCCAUCAUGGCGUGUGUACCCCUGGGUUCAACACUUCCGGAACCGCUUUCUGUGUCUGUAUCCACGAUUUGAAAGAACAGUUGCGUGACAACAUCGAGGCCGCAACACCCGAAUUAAACUACACAGAAACCUAAGGACUCCCUUUGUUAACACUUUUGUGAACGAAAUGGACACCCGAUUCAGUGAUUUGCAGACUAAGGAAGCCAUGGGAUUGAAGUUUAUACCUGAACAAAUAGUAUGACAGAUAUUCUAGACGAAUUAAACAAAGAACCCCCCUUUGAAGGUUGUCAUGUGUUCUUUGCCUUGCAUCUGGCCAAUUACCCUUUAACGGAAGAACGUACACAACUUCAAGACGAUCUGAAUAACCGCUUGAAAUGGCGUCCACAAGGAUGGGAUAAGUCAUUAUCAGUGGUGUUCGAAAAAGACCACACGGUACUUCCAAUAGCCGUUUCAGAUUAUUUUGAGAAACUAUUGCUUGAAGUGUUUCCAGAAAUAGCCGGAUGUCUGAAAUUGUUCAGACCAGGUGCAACGUGGGACAAAAAGACAACACAUUUAGAUUUUGAGAGGUAUGCGUGUUCAGACAGCAUCAUGGACUCAAUCGCGACCUACAUAAGUGCCAUGGAAACUACGACUUCGUCUUUAAACAUCUCUGAAGGGAGUGAUAAGAAAAUUCGACCAGACAGUCUGUUGAGUCUGGCUAGGAUGAUAAAACGCCUAGUUCUUUUUCCGUAUUAUGAAAAACACUCUAUAUCGUCAGACGUUUUACAAGAAAUUCUUGUCAGGGCUCAGUUCGAAGAAGAAUUCGCACAACAAAUAAAACCUUCUUCUACAAGUAGACUGUUAGACAUGAAGAAAACUACGAAAAAGUUGAAGAAGUUGAAAUUCAGUGACAAUGAUAAAAAGACAUAUUCAGACUUAGUGAAAUCAAUUAUUCAAGACGUAUGGCCUCUCGUUCAAAAGCUGGAGAACGAAUAUUCCAAAAUAUCAACAAUUUGCAAAAAAAUGUCGUUUGAGGUUGAACACUACAUUGAGGAAUCCACUUUUGAAAAGAAGACUGACUGGCAGUUGAAGGCUCCAGUGGUACCUCAACAUAUACGAAAUGAAAUAUUACGUGUUAAGGACGUGUAUUGUAUUGGAACAGUGUACAACGAGUUCACUGUUUAUUUGCACCAAGAAGCCGACAAAGAGAGUGAGGAACAUGUUCACAGUGAAAUAGAUUCAAUAAAGAAAAGGCAUAACUCUCACUUCGAGUAUUCGAUUGAGAAGGUAAUGAAACCACCUGUUGCACUGGCGAAUCAACAGUUUGAAAACGGAGACGUCAUAAGGUCACCAGGAUCCGCAGCAGACUUUCGAUAUGGUACACUCGGGUCGUUUGUCAAGGGUUCUGAUGACAAUAUCUACGCGAUAACUUGCGCCCAUGUUGUGAGUCAUCCAGACAAUGACCUCGAUGUUUUCGUCAGAGAAAGAGGUGUUGACUUCAGAUUGUUUGCAAACAGUUCUCCGGAUCUAACAGUCUGUUUUGGUGAAACGCCAUAUAGCCUCAUUGACAUUGCAGCACUGGCAAUAAAACCUGAUGUUGAACAACAGUACGAACCACGUUUGAAAGAUGAGAGCGGAUUACAUAGACCUUGGAAUAUUUGGGAUGAACAUGAUUUGGACGAAAGCGAUAACAACAUAUUGUAUAACAAUGUCUACAAAUAUGGCGGAAGAUCACGACUGACUCGUGGAAUAAUUGUAUCAGCGGACAUUGAGUUACCACCACCUGCCCUACUUGCUGCCGCUGAACAACUGCCAGCCCUUGAUAGCUACCUGAUAAUGAUAGAUGAAUUGCCUGGGUCAGAUGGGAAUACCGGACCGUUUGCAUAUCCGGGUGAUAGCGGUUCAAUUGUUUGCAAAACUCGUUUGGUAGAUAAUGUGCGUUUGUUGAACCAUGGCGAUGAAGCACGCACAACCGCCAUAUCAAUGAUACACUGUGGUGAAUUAAAAUUGAGAAUUGGAGGGCAAGGUUCGGACCAAACAUUAUCAUUUAAGUUAAAGCCUGGAUUGCGGUUGUUGACGGAUAAGUCUGGUGUGCAAUUUGGGCCUACAUAGAAGAAUUCAAGAAUCUGAAUUGUACAGCUGAACGAUGUACCAAAAUGCAUACAUGCAUUUGUGAGCUUGUGUGUAAUGUUUGAUAUCAUUUUAAUCCAAUAUUUAGGAAAUGCCUAACAUGUGUUUAAUAACAAUUAGUGAGAGAAGUUUUUAUUACAUUUAAAUUAAAAUCUUUGCAGAAAAUAACUUGUUUAUUUUUACAUAAUUGUAUAUCUAUGUAUACAUGAUAUCAAUUUGUGAUCACAUACGUUUGUUUUAGCUUAUUAUGAAUUUUACGUUUGUUUUAGCAUUACACAACUUACAAUUUAUAAAUGCAGAACCAUACGUUUUAAGUGUGAAGACAGUAAAUAUAUUCAAUAUUUUUCGAGGUAUGAAGAUCGAUUAAAUUUUUCAGAAAUACAACCUUGUUUAUAAAACAAACUUGAAUAGCUGACCUGCUUGCCCUUUUGGCCGAUAUGUUUUGUAUAUGUAGUAAGUUAUACACGUGGAUUGUGACAGUGUACUUAAUUACUUAUAUCGUUACAUAUGUACAUAUUUGAAUGGUUGUACAUUUUUCAUAUCUAUAAUGUGCUUUUUUUAAAUUAAAUUGAGAAUUAUUCAGAUAACAGCAUUGUCUGUGUGCACUAAAUAUGUUAAGACAAUUUGUAUGUUGACAUUGAAAUGUACUUAACUUUUUGACAAAUAUGUUUUAUUGUUAUAAAAAUCUCUGCAAACUCUUCAAUGGUCGUUUUAAUGGCUGAAUCAUUGCCCAUCAUCAUUUAUUGUCUUUUUCACGGGACUUCUUGCAAUGAUCUCACAACUUAACUGAUAUCAAAUGAAUUGCAUGUGUAUAUGAUAAUGAAUUAAUUCUAUUACCCGGCUCGUAGUCAACUAUGGUAUACAGGAAUAGCCUUGGAUGUCUGUGUGUGUGUCACCCCGAAGGCCAACACAUGUUUGGAGGCGUUCCCCUACACUUUUCGACGAACAACAUUCAAACUUGCAGGCAUUGGUGUCUAAUUAUACGAAGUGUUUUAUCCUACGUUAAAAAGUACAAAAGUUGAGCCCCUUUUUUCAAUUUAGACAUUCAAUAAAAUCAUAUCGUUUGUUUCUUUAUAUACUUACAUUUUAUCUCGAGCAUUUUUAAUUAUUAAAAUUUAAUUCAAGAGAACCAUAACUCUUGCUUCAAUGUUUUAGAGGUAUAACCCUUUGUUAAUUUAUUACAUUUAGAGUCUGCCUGUGAGGGACUAUAUUAGAAAUCAACUUGACUUUUUUUAUAAGUAGAUUUAUCUCAAUGAUGACAAGUGAAGCGCAUACGAAUCGCAACUCCUGCUCUCAUAAUACCACAUUUAUUACCCUUGUGAAUUUUCAUGCUGAAAAUAUGAAAGAUCAAUUCGUUGGUGGCAAAAAAAGGAACUUUGGUACCCUGGAAAUAUUGAAACGCUGCUGUAAGAUGACCCUUUAUCCCAAGAACUGGUUCACUAACACAAGCCCUGAUUAAAAACUAUGUUAUACUUGAUGUUAGUUUUUGAAUGUUGCUUCUAGAUGUGUAUAUUGCUAUGUUUUUAGUAUGAUUAUUAUCUUAUAAUGUUACAUUCAUUCGACUAUGCACUUAUUGACUUAUGUUGAGACAUAUAUACUGUUUUUCAGGCCAUUGAAUAAUUACUAUUGACUGAAAACGCAGUUUAAUUAUAUACCAAGUUAAUUCAAAUGAUAGGAGUGAUGUUCAUGUCAGUCAUAGGUGAUAUGCUUUUUAUGCUCUUCUAUUAACUUACUUUUAAUUUAACCUAUUCAGAAAUUAGCAAAUAAUUCUUACAAAUAAUUUAAUCUUCAAUAUUCCACAGAUGGUUUGUUUUUUAUCACUCAAUAAAAGUAUAAUUGAAAACAAAUGCGAACUAUUCUCGGCACCAGUUGAAUAUUUGCGCGGAGGUUGUACUUGUUGAUUGUUAUAAUGAUAUAAUCAUAUAAUAUACGUGUUCCAUAUUGUUAACAUGCACUGGCAUUAUUGAAUCCUUAAUAUGCACGUGUCAUACAUAAGUCAGACACUAAUCGUGGCAUUGCAUGCCACCAUUGAUCGUUGCAAUAUAAUGUAAGGUAAACAUGUAAUACACACCAUAGUCUAAGAAAGUUGUGUUAGCUUCGUAUUGCAUUAUGAAUAUGUUUUUCUACUAGGGAUGUCCUCAUUUUAAAUGCUUGUGGUACAUAAUUGUUUGCAAAAAAAUGAGGAAAAAUGAGGUGUGUGUAGAAUCAGGCAUUAUGCAAAAAAUAAAAUCAUGUUCGAG